GCUCGGCUCGGCCCCGGAUCGGCUCGGCUCGGAGUCUACACCGUUUUUCAGAAGAAUCCAGGAUGCCUCCUCUUUUGGACUGGAAGAAGAUCAUGAGAGUUGACCCGGAUUCCCUGCCUCGACAGGAUGAACUGGCGGACCAUUUGCUAGAGUCGCUUUCCAAGGUCGAAGGAAAAGACUUAAAAGAUGAAAACCACGAAAACGUCGUGCACCUCUUCCGAAUUACUCAGGCGUUAAUGAAGAUGAAAGCUCAAGAAGUGGAACUAGCUUUAGAAGAAGUUGAAAAAGCCGGAGUGGAACAAGCCAAAUUCGAAAAUCAGUUAAAAACUAGAGUGAUGAAACUGGAAAAUGAACUCGAGAUGGCCCAGCAAGCUACAGGUGGUCGUGAUACUCGUUUUUUGCGCGAGGAGAUCCGUCAGCUGGAAAAACAACUGGAGCAGAAGGACAGAGAGCUGGCCGAUUUGGAAAAGGAAAUGGAGAAAGAGAAGAAAGUCAAUGAACAGUUUGCUCUUCGUAAUGAGGAGGCAGAAAAUGAAAACAGCAAGUUAAGAAGAGAGAAUGAACAACUGCGUCAGGACAUAAUCGACUAUCAGAGACAAAUAGACUCUCAGAAAGAGACACUUCUGUCAAGAAGAGGUGAAGACUCUGAUUACCGGUCACAGCUAUCAAAAAAAAACCUUGAACUUGUCCAAUACCUUGAUGAAAUUCAGAGUUUGACGGAAGCGAAUGAAAAAAUUGAAGUUCAAAAUCAGGAGAUGAGAAAAAACUUGGAGGAAUCCGUGCAGGAAAUGGAAAAGAUGACUGAUGAAUAUAGCAAGAUGAAAGUUAUUGUGCAGCAGACUGACACUCUAAUGGACCAGCUGAGAAAAGAAAAAGAUCAUUAUAGGCUGCAAGUACAGGAGCUCACAGAACUUCUGAAAGCCAAGAACGAAGAGGAUGAUCCAGUCAUGUUAGCUGUCAAUGCAAAAGUCGAAGAAUGGAAGAGAAUUUUGACUUCCAAAGAUGAUGAAAUCAUGGAAUAUCAGCAGAUGUUGCAAAAUUUGAGAGAGAAACUUAAAAAUGUCCAACUGGAUGGUGACAAAAACAAUGUAAUGGCUCUCCAACAGGGUUUACAAGAACGGGAUGGUCAAAUCAAGAUGCUUACAGAACAAGUAGAACAGUAUACAAAAGAAAUGGAAAAGAACACACUGAUUAUUGAGCAUUUGAAAAGUGAGCUCCAAAAAAAUAAAGGUGUCGAAACCCUUUCCCAACAGAAUCGUAUUAUGGAAAUUCAGACCAAGUUGCAGCUCCUAGAACAAAAAACUAAGGAGGCUGAAAGAAUAGCCGAGCUGGCAGAGGCUGACGCCAAGGACAAGGACAUAGAGCUCAUUGAAACUCUUAAGCGUUUGAAAGAAUAUGAAACGGGAAUCUAUGGCUUGGAAGAUGCCGUUGCAGAGAUAAAGAACUUAAAAACCCAAAUUAAAGUAAGAGACCAUGAGAUUGAGCUAUUAACUCAGGAAAUGAACAAACUUGGGUUGAAGAUAAAUGAUUUUCUGGAUGAAAAUGAGGAGCUCAGGGAACGUGUCGGCCUUGAUCCAAAGACAAUGAUUGAUUUAACUGAAUUUAGAAGCACUAAAAACUUAAAGCAGCAGCAAUAUAGAGCUGAAAACCAGAUUCUUUUAAAGGAGAUAGAAAGUCUAGAAGAAGAAAGACUUGAACUGAAACAAAAAAUUCGUAAAAUGGCUCAAGAAAAAGGGAAAAGAGAUGCUACUUUAGGAAUAACUGAUGAGCUACAUAUGUCAGGCCCCUGUACUCAGGAGCUGAGAAUGAUGGAAAGGAAUUUCGAUCUCACGGAUUCAGCAAAUGUUGAGGAACCUAAAUUGAGGAUUAGAAGUCCAGGUAUGGAAAGGCAGAAUAUGCAGCCAUUUAGAAGAAUAUCAUUCAGUAUGCCAAAGCCAGAUCAGAAUGAAUCAGGAAGGACAUUAGGAAAACUCUCAAGAAGGAUUUCCGAAUUGCUGCUUGGUUUAAAUCAGCCUGUGAGUCGAGAGUUCCCUUUUGACUAUUCAAGCCGCAAGUAUUCAUCAUCCAAACAAGAAGAUGAUCAUAUUACAAGUCCAGAAACUCUUACAAUAAGGCAGAUUUUUAAAGCCCCCUGUCUGCAAUCUUCAAAGAACCUAGAAACAUUAGCCAAUAACCAGAAUAUAAAAGGCCAAAGGGACAUAGAGGUUUACCCAGAUGUUCUUUCUAAGUACCAUCUAAAGAAAACUGCUGCAUCAGAUCAUCAGAUGCUAGAAAGGAAUAGUCCAAGGCCUGAGAGUAAUGCAUUUUUGCAAAUAAAAGCAACAGCUUCUUCAAGUGCAGUUCAUUCCAGUUCUCAAACUUCACAAGCGCUAUCUCUUAGCCAAAAAUCUGGAAUAUUUUGCCAGUUUAUUCAUGAAAAAGCAGUUACUGUGGAUAUGCCAUCAAAAGAAAAGUCAGAAGUUGAACAAGCCCAUCUCAAAAUGAAGGGUAUUGACAUGAAAAAUGAUUUUAAAGAAGAUGUGAGGAAAGGGCAAGUCCAGUUGCAAGAAGAUGUGUUGAAAAAAAAGUUUGACGGUACUCUUUUUGCCAAAGAGUAUUGCCCCAUUACAGGAGACUCAAAAUUAUCCCACAUAGAUCCAGUUGAAAAUCUUAUAGAGCAGCUUCGGAAAGAACUAACUUUCCUCAGGUCACAGAAUGAGCUGAUAUUCAAGGAUUUAUUGAUCAAGGAAGCCCAAAACAAAAGUGCAGAACUAGAGCUUGAGAGGCACCGAAGUCAGGCAGAACAGAAUGAAUAUCUUGCAAAAGAAUUAAAUGAAAAGGACAAAGACUUGGAAAGAAAUAAGAUGAUAAUAUCCAAGUUCCAAAAUAAAUUAAAAAGAUUAACAGAAGAAAAUAAACAGCUUGAAGAUGGAAUGAAAGAGAUAUUGCAAGCUAUCAAGGAGAUGCAGCAAGAUCCCAGUGUUAAAGGAGGAGAAACUUCACUAAUCAUCCCUAGUCUUGAGAGGCUAGUUAAUGCUGUUGAAUCAAAAAACGCAGAAGGAAUCUUUGACGCCAACCUGCAUCUGAAAGCCCAAGUUGAUCAACUUACAGGGCGAAAUGAAGAACUAAGACAGGAGCUAAAAGAAUCCCGGAAAGAAGCCACCAGUUUUUCUCAUCAGUUAGCAAAAGCCAAUUUAAAGAUUGAACAUCUUGAAAAAGAGACCAGUCUCUUACGUCAAUCAGGAGGGUCCAAUGUUGUAUUCAAAGUAGUAGACCUACCAGAAGGCAUGGCUCCAUCCAGUACGAGUAUCAUUAAUUCUCAAAAUGAAUAUUUAAUACAUCUUUUACAGGAGCUAGAAGAUAAAGAUAAAACACUGAAUGAAUUAGAAGAUGCAAUUGAAGACUAUAAGAGAAAAUUCGCUGUGAUUCGUCAUCAGCAAGGUUUAUUAUAUAAAGAAUAUCAAAGUGAAAGGGAGAUUUGGCAAACAGAAUCUGAAAAAAUGAAAGAGGAAAAAAGAAAGUUUGAGGAUCAGACUCAGCAAGAUGCUAUAAAAGUAAAGGAAUAUAAUAAUUUACUAGAUGCUCUUCAGAUGAACACUGAUGAAAUGAAAAAACAACUAGCAGAACACAGUAGAAAAAUGACUGUCUUGCAAGUAAAUGAGAAGACACUGUCAAGGCAGUAUUCAACUUUAGUAGAAAUGGAGCAGCAUUUAAGAAAAGAAAAUGAAAAACAAAAAAAUGAAGUGAUAGCAAUGGAAGUUGCAGUUAGUGAAAAAAUUGGCUGCUUGCAGAGGUUUAAGGAAACCGCAGUUUUCAAAAUUGCAGCUCUCCAAAAGCUUAUAGAUAAUAGUGUCCCUUUGUCAGAAUUAGAAUUGGCCAAUAAGCAGUACAAUGAAUUGACAGCAAAGUACAGAGACAUGCUACAGAAAGAUAAUGUACUUGUCCAGAGAACAAGCAACUUGGAGCACUUAGAGUGUGAGAACGCAUCCUUAAAGGAACAAAUGGAUUGUAUAAGUAAGGAACUAGAAAUUACCAAGGAAAAACUUCAUACUGUAGAACAGGCUUGGGAGCAAGUAACAAAAUUGGGAAAUGAGCCAAUUCUGGACAAAGCCUCCAAAGCAAUUACCAACAGUGAGAUUGUUUCCAUUUCUAAAAAAAUUACCAUGCUAGAAAUGAAGGAGCUAAAUGAAAGGCAACGGGCUGAACAUUCUCAAAAAAUGUAUGAACAAGUAAGGACGUCAUUAAAGCAAGUGGAAGAGCGCAAUUUUGAACUGGAAACCAAAUUUGCUGAGGUUACUAAAAUUAACUUGGAUGCACAAAAGAUAGAACAGACAUUACGGGAUGAAUUGGCUAAUAGUGUGACCAAGGCACUGAGCGAUGUUGACCGACAACGUAUUAUAGAAUUGGAGAAGAGUGAAAUGGAACUAAAAGUCGAAGUUUCAAAAUUGAGAGAAAUUUCCGACAUUGCCAAAAUGCAAGUUGAAGUUAUGAACACACGCCAGCAGUCCAGGGAGAAGGAGGUGGAAUCUCUUAGAAUGCAAGUGUUAGAUUAUCAGGCACAGUCAGAUGAGAAAGCCCUCAUUGCAAAAUUGCACCAGCACAUUGUAGCUCUACAAAUUAGCGAAGCUACCGCCGUGGGCAAGUUGGAGUCUAUCACAUCCAAAUUUCAGAAGAUGGAGGCGUAUAACCUGCGCCUAGAACAGAAACUCGAUGACAAGGAGCAGGCACUGUAUUAUGCUCGGCUGGAGGGAAGAAACAGAGCUAAACAUCUGCGCCAGACCAUUCAGGCUCUACGACGACAAUUUAGCGGUGCACUGCCCUUGGCUCAGCAGGAGAAAUUUUCUAAAACAAUGGUUCAACUUCAAGAUGACAAACUGAAGAUAUUGCAGGAAGUGGAGCACUCUAAACAAGAGCGCAGGACAAUGGAAAACAAAACACUAGAAGUGGAAUUAAAAUUGAAAGGUUUAGAGGAGCUAAUAGCUACGCUGAAGGAUACAAGAGGAGCUCAGAAGGUAAUUGACUGGCAUAUGAAAAUGGAAGAACUCCGUCUUCAAGAGCUUAAACUAAGUCGAGAAUUAGUCAAGGGUAAAGAAGAGAUGAAAUAUUUGAAUAAUAUAAUUUCUGAAUAUGAGCAUACAAUCAGCAGUUUGGAGGAAGAAAUUGUACAACAAAAUAAGUUUCAUGAAGAACAGCAAGUGGCCUGGGAUCAGAGAGAGGUUGAGUUGGAACGUCAGCUAGACGUGUUUGAACGUCAACAAAAUGAAAUACUUAAUGCUGCUCGAAAGUUUGAAGAGGCGACUGGAUCAAUACCAGAUUCCACUUUGCCCCUUCCUAAUCAACUUGAGAUAGCCUUGAGGAAGAUCAAGGAGCAUGUUCGAAUAAUCCUAGAAACAAGAGCAACUUGCAAAUCCUUAGAAGAGAAACUGAAAGACAAAGAAGAUGCUCUGUGGAAAGCAGAGCAAAAUAUUCUUUCAAGAGACAGCGUAAUCAAUGAACUGAGGCUUCGACUGCCAGCUACAGUUGAGCGAGAGAGACUGAUAGCUGAGCUAGGUAAGAAAGAAGAGGAGCCAGAAUAUCAUCAUACUGUGAAAGUUGCCCAGCAGACUAUUGCAAACAUACAAGCGAGGUUAAAUCACAAAGAGGAAGUAUUGAAGAAAUACCAGCAUCUGCUUGAAAGAGCAAGACAGGAACAAGAAGAAAUCAUAAAGAAACAUGAGGAAGAACUCAGGGUCCUUCAUCAGAAAUUAGAUCUGCAGACUGACAAUUCACGAAAUAGAUACAGACAAACGGCUUUGGAGUUGAUGAAGCAGUCCUCUGAGCCAGUUCCUACAAACAAGGAUUUCAUUCGACUGGUGGAGAUGGAGCAAACAGUUGCAGAGCAAGAUACCUCCCUCUCCUCACUUUUGAACAGACUGAAGGAGAUGUCACAUGAUUUAGUGAAACAAAAGCAUAUUACAUCAGAAAAAGUCAGAGAAUUUGAAAUCCUCAAAUCUCAGCUUGAAGAAAAACAUGCAGCUGAAGCGAAAAAAUUGAAAGCUGAAGCUGAAGAGUUAAAGUAUCUUCUGUCCCAGACAGAGAAGGAACUACAGAGUUUAAAAUGUGAAAUCGAAGCCCAAAAAGAAGCAAACACCAGAGCCCCAACAACUACACUGAAAAAUCUAGUGGAGAGGCUGAAGAGCCAGUUAUCUCUCAAAGAGAAACAACAAAAAGCUCUGAGUAAAGCGCUUUUGGAGCUUCGGGCCGAGAUGAUGGCCAAUGCUGAACAGCAAAUUAUUUCUGCAGCAUCUCAGAAAGAGGCAAAUCUUAACGUUCAGCAGAUGAUUGAUAGGCAAACUAAGGAUUUAAAGGCUCACGUAGAAGAUUUGAAUGAAAAUCUUUCAAAAUUCAAAGAGGCUCUUAAGAUAAGUAAAAACAAGGAAACUUCACUAGGGGAUGAAUUGAAUGAGCUGAACAGUGAGUUCCAGAAAAAACAAAAAGCUUUUUCUAAAAUACUGAGAGAAAAAGAAGAAAUGAAUAAAGAGAAUGAAGACCUGAAGAAGCAAAUUAAAAGGUUAACACAUGGACUCCAGACCAAAUUGGAUGUAGAAAAUAAGUUAAGUUUGGUAGAUGAACUACAAAAGAAAAUUAAGAAGCUAGAAAGUGAACUGGAAAGAAAGACUGAAGGAGAAAUAAGAGCUAUGAAAGAGAAGAGCUCCAAAGAAGAAGUGAUUCGGUGGGAAGAAGGCAAAAAGUGGCAGACCAAAAUGGAUGGGCUGCGUACCAAGCUGAAGGAAAAAGAGAAGGAAGCAGAUACUCUGGCAAAACAGUUGAAUACAUUGAAAGAGCUAUUUGCUAAGACAGACAGAGAGAAAGUCGCUUUACAGAAGAAACUGAAGAUAAGCGGUGUGACUGUUGAUCAUGUUGUGGGUGUCCGUGCUUUGGACUCCGAGAAAGAGGUAGAAGAACUAAGAAAAAGAAAUAUGGAGUUAGAAAAUGAAAUUUCUCAUAUAAGGACUAAGCAAGCUCUUCCUCGAGAUUCAGUUGUAGAAGAUUUACAUUUAAAAAAUAGAUACUUACAGGAGAAGCUUCAUGCUUUAGAAAAACAGUUUUCAAAAGAUACAUUUUCUAGACCUUCGAUAUCAGGCGUAGGCUCAGAUGAUCAAUGCCAGAGGGAACAGGAGCUCCAGAAAGAAAACUUGAAGUUAUCAUCUGAAAACAUUGAACUACGAUUUCAAAUUGAGCAAGCUAAUAAAGAUUUGCCAAGAUUGAAGAACCAAGUAAGUGAUUUGAAAGAAAUGUGUGAACUUCUCAAGAGAGAAAAAGCAGAAGUGGAGCGCAAAAUGGGCCAUGUCAGAGGGGCAGGGAGAAGUGGAAAGACAAUCCCUGAGCUAGAAAAAACCAUUGGUCUAAUGAAAAAGGUUGUGGAGAAAGUCCAGAGAGAAAAUGAAAAUUUGAAAAGAGCACCGGAAGUGGUGUCAAAUGAAAAAUUAGCAAAUCUUGAGCUUGAAAAUGAAAAGCUAAAGGCUGAAGUGGAAAAACUGAAACUCAACCUAGAAGGUCAGUUGAGCAUGCAGUAUGAAUCCAAGAUCAAAGGCACUGAGAAAAUUGUUGCAGAAAACGACAGACUUCGAAAACAGCUAAAAAAAGAGACCGAAUCAGCCGAGAAACUGAGGAUAGCAAAGAAUAAUCUAGUGAUACUUAAUGAAAAGCUGACAAUUCAGCUGGAGGAGACCAGUAAGAGAUUACAGUUUGCUGAAAGCAGAGGUGCACUGCUAGAAGGUGCUGACAGUAAGGGCUGGAAGUCAAUUGUGAUAACGAGAAUGUAUGAAACCAAGAUGAAAGAAAUGGAAACAGAUAUUGCCAAUAAAAAUCUAAAAAUCACCGAUCUUAAACAACAACUGAGAGAAGCAACGGAAAGGGAACGGAAAAUUACAGAGUGCACGCAAGACCUAAAGGAACAGAUUGAACUUCUCAAACAGUUUCCUGAGGAUGCCAAGACAGAUCAAGGCCUGCACCGAGAGCUUCAGCUUCUCCGAUUAACCGGUAAUCGGCUAGAAAAGGAAAAGGCUGAAUUACUCCGUCAGAUAGAAGUUUACAGACACCGAACGACGCCGACUGCUCCUGAAGGCUCUCCACCAGGAUAUGGCAAAUUAAUGGAAGAAGUGGAAGAGCUGAAGACCCAGCUCGAAACCUCAAAUCUAGAAAAACAGCACUUCCAGGAAGAAAUCAUACAGCUAAAAAAAGAACUAGAAAAUGUGGAUCCUUCAUUUUUUGAGGAAAUUGAAGACUUGAAGUAUAAUUACAAUGAAGAAGUGAAAAAGAAUAUACUCCUGGAAGAAAGAUUAAAAAAACUCUCGGAACAAUUUGGAGUCCCAACGGAUAGUCCUGAUAAUGCUUCUAUCACCUAAUAGCAACUUACAUCACCAGCUUUAGAGGCGCACAGCUGUGAAAGAGGUUUCAGUGACCAGUCUUCCGUUCUUUACAAAUGAUUCCCGUCAAAUUGACAGAAUCUAAUUGAACAUUAUAUUUUAAUAUAUUAGGAUUAUUUUUAUACGCUUUAUAUGAAGUAUAAGUUGUAAAUGAUGCAUGUGUAUAUAGUGUGUGACAAAUAUUGUGUUAGAGUCAUAGUAAAGUCCUCAUUUAGCAUUUACAAUUUACAGUUAUGGACUUGUGAAUUUAUGUGACUCGUUUCUCUUGAAGUUUAGCCAGUUUCCUUCGUGAGUAGCCCAGUGUGUACUAAGUCUGUUUGAAUUAAAGUUGAGACCCCAUGUUCAAGAUCA